ACCAACCAACCAAUGAUGAAGCCUCACUUGCAGUGGGGAUUUGAACAAGUACGCCCCCCCCCAAAGCCUAGAUCUUCCUUUUCAUCAUUUAACACCAGCUUUGACAAGCAGAAAACAUGUUGCGUGGCCAGUUACUGCUUUGAGCUGUUUUCCCCAUCACAGAAGUAUCAGCUGCUUGUGUAUCACGCAGAUUCUCUCUUCCACGACAAGGAAUACAGAAAUGCCGUCAGUAAGUAUACAAUGGCUUUGCAGCAGAAGAAAGCGCUGAGUAAAACGUCAAAAGUAAGGCCGUCGACGGGGAACGCAACAUCUACUCCUCAGAGCCAGUGCCUGCCUUCCGAAAUAGAAGUGAAAUACAAAAUGGCCGAGUGUUAUACAAUGUUGAAGCAGGACAAAGAUGCCAUCGCUAUACUUGAUGGCAUCCCAUCCAGACAGAGAACCCCAAAAGUGAGUUAUUCCUAA